AGAAGCUAUGUGGCCGUGCAAGUAAAGAUGCUAUCACUGAGAACGUGCUGGUGGAGUUUGAGUCAUGAGAAGCUUGGUUUCAGUGUGGUCAGUGGUUGUAGUCUCACAUGGUUGUAAGUUAAAGUGCAGGGUUUCUCUAAAAAUAUUUUAUUCCUAAUAAACAGAUUUCUGCCUUUCCACCAUCAUUUUCAACUACCUGUCAGAGGAAGAAUGUAACCUGGCUGCUGUUCUAUCAGGAUGGAGUCAAUUGUGUGGGAAUGUGGUUAAACAUCUGAAUACCUUAACCUGAUGCAGGUGGUAAAGCAAGAUGCCUUGUUCGUCUGUCUCAAAUGCAUCAUCUUCAGGACUGAGCUGACAAUGCUGUGCACUGAGAGUUUCCCAGUUGUGAAGAACCUAAACCAGGACUGCAAAUAACUGCUGCUGAAGCAAAAUCAGGAGGCAGGAGAAGAGUUGAAAGAGCUUUCUGGCUGGGCUCGGGAACUGGCCCCAUUCACGGCGUGGAAGGAUGGCUGUUAGCUGGAUGUUCUGCUGUUUUUGGCUCUUGGAUGUUUUGGUGGGCUGCACAAGAGGGCACAGCUUAUUUUCCUGUGAGCCCAUCAUCCUGCGGAUGUGCCAGGAUCUGCCUUACAACACCACCUUCAUGCCUAACCUUCUGAACCAUUAUGACCAGCAGACAGCAGCAUUAGCAAUGGAGCCAUUUCAUCCGAUGGUGAAUUUGGAAUGUUCCAGAGAUUUUCGACCAUUUCUUUGUGCCCUCUACGCUCCUGUGUGCAUGGAGUAUGGCCGUGUCACGCUGCCGUGUCGCAGACUCUGCCAAAGAGCGUACAGCGAAUGCUCCAAACUCAUGGAGAUGUUUGGAGUCUCUUGGCCUGAGGAUAUGGAGUGUACCAGAUUCCCGGAUUGUGAUGAGCCGUAUCCUCGUCUUGUUGACCUCAGUUUGGGUGGGGAGCCCACAGAAGAGGCCCCCAUGGCGGUACAGAGGGAUUAUGGUUUUUGGUGUCCUCGAGAGUUGAAAAUAGACCCCGAUCUGGGUUACUCUUUCCUGAGGGUACGGGACUGUUCCCCUCCUUGUCCAAAUAUGUACUUCCGGCGUGAAGAGCUCUCCUUUGCUCGCUACUUCAUCGGAGUGAUCUCCAUCGUCUGCCUUUCUGCUACCUUGUUUACUUUUUUAACUUUUCUGAUCGAUGUCACAAGAUUUCGCUAUCCAGAAAGACCGAUAAUAUUUUACGCCGUCUGUUACAUGAUGGUGUCAUUAAUCUUCUUCAUUGGCUUUCUGCUUGAAGACCGAGUAGCGUGUAACGCGUCUAGUCCUGCCCAGUACAAGGCUUCCACGGUGACGCAGGGCUCUCACAACAAAGCCUGUACCAUGCUUUUCAUGGUGCUCUAUUUCUUUACCAUGGCUGGCAGUGUUUGGUGGGUCAUUCUUACCAUCACGUGGUUCUUGGCAGCCGUGCCAAAGUGGGGCAGUGAAGCGAUCGAGAAGAAAGCGUUGCUCUUCCACGCCAGCGCCUGGGGCAUUCCAGGAACUCUAACCAUCGUCCUCUUAGCAAUGAAUAAAAUUGAAGGUGACAAUAUUAGCGGCGUAUGUUUUGUUGGCCUCUAUGAUGUGGAUGCAUUAAGAUACUUUGUACUUGCACCCCUCUGCCUGUAUGUUGUUGUUGGAGUUUCCCUUCUGCUAGCUGGCAUUAUCUCUCUCAAUCGGGUUCGCAUUGAAAUCCCAUUAGAAAAAGAGAACCAGGACAAGCUAGUGAAGUUCAUGAUCCGGAUUGGCGUGUUCAGUGUUCUGUACCUCGUGCCACUGUUGGUUGUAAUUGGCUGCUAUUUCUAUGAGCAGGCUUAUCGAGGGGUGUGGGAGACGACGUGGAUUCAAGAACGCUGCAGGGAAUAUCACAUCCCGUGUCCUUACCAGGUCACUCAGAUGAGUCGUCCAGAUCUGAUCCUCUUUCUGAUGAAAUAUCUCAUGGCUUUGGUGGUCGGGAUACCCUCUGUCUUCUGGGUUGGAAGCAAAAAGACCUGUUUUGAGUGGGCCAGCUUUUUCCACGGACGCAGGAAAAAAGAAGUUGUCAACGAGAGCCGCCAGGUGCUGCAGGAGCCAGAUUUCGCUCAGUCUCUUCUGCGGGACCCCAACACCCCCAUCAUCCGCAAGUCCAGGGGCACCUCCACCCAGGGCACCUCCACGCACGCCUCCUCCACCCAGCUGGCCAUGCUGGACGAGCAGAGGAGCAAGGCGGGCAGCGUGCACAGCAAAGUGAGCAGCUACCACGGCAGCCUGCACCGCUCACGCGACGGCCGCUACACGCCCUGCAGCUACAGAGGCAUAGAAGAAAGGCUCCCUCACGGCAGCAUGUCCCGGCUCACCGACCACUCCCGGCACAGCAGCUCCCAUCGGCUCAACGAGCAAUCGCGCCACAGCAGCGUCAGGGACCUGAGCAGCAACCCCCUGACGCACAUCACGCACGGCACCAGCAUGAACCGCGUCAUCGAGGAGGACGGCACCAGCGCUUGAGCCUGGCGGCGCCGCUCGGCGUUACGGCGCCUCUGGGCAGCCGCUGCUUUCGUGCGUCGGGAAGCCGAGGCCGGCUUCUCUGUUCUGAAGCCGCCGUUCUCACGCCUGCGUCAGAGCCGGCCUUCAGCAGGCUUCAGUCGCUGAGCACCCGGCUGCCUGCCUCGUUAGGGCCUCUCUGUAGGUAAUUAUUUAUUUGAUAACUGUUAUUUACCAUCAGCCAUCGUUGCUGGAUUCCUUGUUCUUGAAGAAAUAAACCUUCCCCUCCCUCCGACGUGUCGUCACAUCAGCAGGUGCCACCACGGACAGUCACACCCACAUGUUCUCUAAUGGGCGUAAGGGAAUUCUUGGAUAUUGAAGGAAUUCCUCCACAUCUCCGACAGCAGAGCGAUUUUGUUUCACAGAGGGAGGGGCCCGGACUCAGUGCUGUACAAAGACAGCGGCAGCGUUUGUAACAGAUAACACUGGAAAUGCAACAGGAGCAGCGUUUGGGAGGAGAGAGGAGAUGGCUGAGGAUCGCCAGCUCCUCCCAGGGCUGCUCAGGCUCAGCUGCGGGGAUGGGUGGAGGGAGGGGAGGAAGGAGGCAAGGAAGGGCGCUUUUUGUAUAACUUGCAUUGUCCUUGCUUUUUUUACAAGAUACUAUUUAAAUUUUCUACUUGUUUACAAUUUAUGUAGGAAGAGAGGAAUUUUAAAACCAGUUAUCUAGAUAAUAUUCAGCCACUUAUUUUUAGAUUACUGUCCAAAAGCUGAGAUCGCCCCGUUCCCAAUCUAUUUAGAAACGGAAAGAGCCAAAUUUGUCCCCCACACCGGGCUGGGCAGCCUGUCACCAACAGAACAAACCAACGCUGGGGCUGAAAUGGCUGUGAGGAGCUCCCUCAGGGCUGGGCUGUGUUCCAGGGGCUUUGCUCUGUGCUGAGGUCGGGCAACGGGGCACGGCGCUGAGCCCAGCCCUCCUUGCUGCUGGAGGAGCAGGCAGGUAUCCGUGCUCUCGUCAUCAGCCUCUACUCCGGGUUGAUUUCAUUCCCUACCGUAGGCCCACAGCAUAGAAUUCUUAGUUUGGGCUUUGGUGAUGUGUGAAUGGUUUGUAGGGCACAGCAGGUCUUUGCAGGCCCAGCAGGCAGAAGUCAGGGUGCGUUCCUGAUGGCACAGCUGAUCUUCGGAGGCGUCUGCUGUCAGACCCGCUGCACCUAAACCUACCUCAGUAACCACUGCAGAUCACUGCUGGGAUACGAAUGCCUCUUUUUCGUUGUCCUUACAUAACUCCCUCCUUCACCUGCUUGAGGCGCGUGGAGAAGCCUCUGUACAUGUUAGAUGGCACAGCCUCGAGGGCAGCAACAGGGCAACAAGCACCACACACACUGCAGAGACUGAGAGCGCCGCACGACUCCCGUUGAUUGCAGCUGGUGACACAGCAGCAGGGCACGUAGCUGUGCUCUCUUUGAGAUCACAGGUUGCUCUGCUCUCACGGUGGAUUCAGAAAUGCCUUGCUAACUUUUUGCUUCAGAGGGAGGGUAGGGUUUGGAAUCUGAAUCUGCAGAAGAAGCCAAUUGAGUUCUGUUCAAUAGCUGAGUUCUUGUAAACGCUGAGCUGACAAAGGUCAAGUGUUAGCGUUGAUCUCCUUGGCUGAAUUUCCAGUGCUCCGUUCUUGUUAAUUGCAGCGGUGCUUUGACUUGCUUAGAGGCAGGGAGGGGAGUGGGGGAGGUCUGAAGGACAUCCUCCCAGAAAUUAGCUAAUUGGUGAGGUUUAAUCCCCGUGUUGUUUCCAGGUGGGCUAUUUAAGCAGUCCCUUGCUCAUCCAUUGCAUACACAUGGAUGGAGAGUGCUCUCCUCAGCCAGAAAAGGGAUUAAGAUGGAAAAACUUGGGCUUUUUGUCACCCGUACCUCUGUGACCCCAAGCUCUUUCUUUUAUCUUCCUAACCUGAACCAACACGCUGCUCCUGCACAGCAUUCCUCCUCCCUGGGACUCAAAGGCCUUCUUCCCAGCAGCUGUUUCAGGGGGAAGGUGGCCUCACCCUGGAUGCACUCGUGGCUGGGGCUGCCAAACCUUUGCAUCUCAGGAUGUGGGAGAUUUCUGGGUGACCUGGGCACGUUCAGGUGCUGCUUUCCUGUUAGCAUCCCAUAAUGGAAUUGUGAGUCAGUGCUGUGCUUGUGCUGCAUGGAAAGGCAGCAAGGAUCCACCUCCCUAUUUGGUCCGCAGCGAUAAUCUUUGGGGGAGCCUAAAAGCCAAACUGCAGCAGAAAGCCUCAAUUGUCUGUAAAUUACUCUGCUCUCAAGUGCUCUGCAUUUUCGUAGCACCUAGACCUCAGUUUAGCAGCCCAGUCUUCAGCUAUUGGUUGUGCAAACAGCACCCAAGGACAGAAGAGCAGCACCUGCUGCAUCGGUGCCUGUCCUGCACCCAGCUGCAAGCAGGGCUCGCACUGCCAGGUGCUCCCAGCCCGGGGGCUGCUGGAGGAGCCCACAGCUCAGCAAGGUGCUUGCAGCACAGCACCCCAAAGCAGCAGCAGUGGGAAGCGGGCGCCCGGGCUGCAGAGCAUCCCCACGUGCUUCAGCCCUAACGACCGAAUGUAGACUUGAAUGUGAAAUUCCCCUCCUAUGCCAAUGUUUUAUAAGCAGAUUGGGGUUCAUUGUGGCGCACGGCGGGAUGUUCUGUGUGCGUUCUGUGCAGCCCACGGCUGCAGGGCCGUGGUGGCUCAUCCCACGCUUGCUCUGGGGCUGUACCUUCAUUUCUGCUGCUGUGCUCAGCUCUCCGUGGGCUCAGUUCCAGUUGUCCCGUGUCGCUUCGGUAACGUUUAAUUUUUAGCACUUUACCUGUGAGUGUACAAACUGGUCAUUCUGUAGUAGGUGUACAUUUUCAUUUUAGACCUUUAAGAGUUUUUAAUAAAACCGUGUAAAA